GCCGUCGUGCGCUCGUGCCGUGGUUCGCCCCGUCAACUUUUCUGGUCGAUUUCACCUCCGUCGAACGACCCGAUUUUUGGCAUUUCUCCUGGAGGCGGCGAAUACUUGCGAUCACCAUCUCAAAACACCACUCCCAAGACCCCAAACCCAAAGCAUUAUUCCAAGAUGCCAUACAAUACUCGCCGCAAGUCGUUGUCGCUGCCCUCGAUGGGAAUCCAGAUCCCGACAUCCAGAGCGCAUCGUUCACCGCCGUCCACCAUCUCAUCCAGCUCCAGCACCACCUCGACCGCCACUCACCACCGUCACCACAACAACACAACAAACACCGCGACCGCACCCGAGCAAACAUCACCACCCGCAAAACGACUCAAACGAUCGCAUAUCUCCAGCUCGACAUCUCCGCCUCCACCCACAUUCCAGCGGCGACCGUCGGUAAAAUUCCACGAUGAGCGACCAUCGGCGCAUCGUCCGUCGCAACAGACGCCUCCGCCAUCACCCGGGGCGAGCGACGGACUGAAGGUCGAUACCGAUGGCAUCAACGACGACGUGGUCGUCGGCGUGAUCGAGCAACUGGAGAAGACGGGCAAUCGGCCGCACAUGCUGAAGGAGCUUGCUGCCAUUCUGCACGGGGUCGUCCCAGUGGUCCAAACUUCCGCCAAUCCCACAGCCGUCAUCUCAUCCCGUCUCACCACCUACCUCCGCCGCCCCUGGACCACCCUCUCCCCCUGCCCCCUCUCCAAAGAGCUCGUCGACGUCCACCCGCGCAAAGUCUACUUCUUCCUCACCAACCAACCCCGGCAACCCAUCCCCACCCUCCCGCCGGCUCUCCUCUCCACCAACCGCAUCAUCUCCCCCUCCCUCUCCUCCCACCCCGACGAAGAAGACGACGAAUCCACCACCGCCUCCGAGGCGCUCCGCCGCCGCCAAAUCUCCCCCUCCCCGGAACUCGACCUCAGCUCGCCCGAGAUGGAAGACGCGACCCUACAUCCUGGCCAGCGCGAUGCACCCAUGAGCUUCGGGUCGCAUGCGCCGUCGAAUCCGCGCCUCCACCACAGCCCGACCGGAAUGGGCCGGCAUCGCGGCGCAAGCCCGCAGGCCGAGGGCGUGGAGCGCGAGUUCGAGCAGAUGGUGUCGACGCUGCGCCGGCGCAGCAAGUCGCUCAGCGUCGAGCUAUCCCGCGCCUCGAAAGAGCCCCCUAUAUCCACCACAUCCACCACCACCUCCACAUCGCCCCCGAACUCCGUCGCCUCCUUUCCCCGCGCAGUCUCCUCUACUUCGACCUCCGCCUCCACCACCACCUCCGCUCACCCCCACAUCAAACAAGAAGACCUCCCCGACGCCGACCACCCGACCUCCAUCCCGAGCCACCCCGCCGACGUUGGCGCCAACCCCGACGCGAUGCGCCUCGACCUCGACGCCGACGAGCUCGCCGCCCGCGAAAUCGAGGAAUCCGACGCCAUCGCCGCGCUGCGUAACUCUGAGGCCGCGGCGGCGCUGUUCGGCGACGGGGCGAUUUCGGUACCGGCGGGCGCGGUGGAGGAUGUGCCGAUGCUGAUGGUGGCGGGGGGUUAUGAGGGAGAGGUGGAGAUGGAGGAAAUACGAAUGGGAAUGGGGCAGGCGGGUGCUGGUACCGAAGUGGGUGGAAAGUUCGGCGAGGGCGCGCGGGUUGAGCUAUCGAUGGAACGGGAGUUGGAGGAGCUGUUUGGGGACUUCUGAAGGAGUGGUUGUUUUGGUCUUUCCUUUACCAUUUCAAGAGAUAUUAUCAUAUUCAUCGUACGGAGCGGGACGGAUGGUUGGCGGGGCAGUCUUUGAUUUUUUUUCUCUCUUCUCUGCUCACGUUGCGACUUUGCUCUCCCCCCUCACCUCAGCUCCCCCCCGGUCGCUUUCCGCAGUAAUAUCCAGAUCAUUCCGAUACUCUUUUCUUUGCCUUGCUCUCCUAUCUCAUCUAGAUCUCCGU